AUGUCUGAAAAACUGGUUAGCAUGAUCAGCGCAGAAAACUAUGCUUACAUUGCUGUGAAAGGCUCACCUUUUGCUACCGACUGCGCUGUUUUUGGUCUGUCGCGUGAGGAAAUUGUUGCACUCACUAGACGCUUUCCAAACUCUGGCCAAAAUGUUAUCAACGGUGUAAUGAUCAAAGGUCCACCAGUUCCUGUUAUAAACGUUCUGGCGGAGCUCGGUUACAGGGUUGUAUGUAGUACCGGGGAAGCUGAAAUUGUUUGGACUCUACAAAGAGAGAUUUAGACAUUGACACUAACAAGCACUUAUAUACAUCAACCUUUUACAUGUUUAAUCAUGCACCACUUGCACAAUGAAUGUAUGUAAAACAAAGCCACUAGCCUUCUAGUUCCAAACAUCAUUUGUCAAGAGAAGUCAAUAUUUGCAAACGUUCGGGGUGGACCAAAACUGAAUCAGAGUAGUAUUUAUCAAGUUAUUUGAAGAAAAAAUCUCUUUCAUAAAAUGGAACUGUACUAUCUACUUACUGUUUCAUAGAGAUAGUAAUAAAUUUAUUUCCAAGUAAUGAUUAGCAGAUUAUUAUCAAACGAAUUGUAUUUUUUUAAAGUGACACGUAUCACAAAUGAAGAAAGUAGUUACCAUCUUGUAUAAAAUUUACAUCAAUGUUAUUAUAUUAUAGAAUAGAUCAACUAUCCUAGUGAAAGUUUGUAAUAAAUACCAGAAAAAUAUCAUUACUGGACUUUACAACGUAGAAUAAUAGAGAAAAAAUUUAAAACUUUGUUAAUAUUUCCAAUUCUAUACUCGAACUUUAUUUACACAUACUGUAUAGUAUACUUGUAUCUAUAUAUUACAGGCAAUUUUAUUAACUAAUCUAACGUGAUGUUGAUAUGUUUCUAUUAUUUAAAAUAUUCACUAUGAAAAAAACUAUGCAUAUUAUGAACCCGUGUAACGUAUGUGCAUUAAAACUUGUAAAACUGAACAUGGGCACAACGAUCAAUUUUUGUAUCAGGUCGAAAUAAUAGAUAUACGUUUUAACAAAAUGAAAUCUUGUCGUCGGUAGCAGAACCUUACGACAAAUCUAGACUCGCCAACCAUCCCAACGAUUAAACACAAGUGUCGUGUCUUUAAUGAUUGUCGAUUACCAAAAAUAAUACAUACUGUCUGCAAAUAAGUCAUAUUAUUUCGAUAAUAUUGCCAAUCAUAAUUGAUGACCUUAAUCAGAUAUUGCUGAAUCGCACUGGUUACUUGAGCCCCGCGAUACAAUGCUAUUUCUUACUGGCAAUGUAUGUGCUGUGUAGAAUUUGUAGUCCAUGUUGACAUGUCUCAUGUGAUUGAUAUUUAUAAAAUAUGAUUAUAAUUGUAUGUACACAAUAUGUGUAUAUUUUAUCGCGAUGUUAGAGUAGAAGCUUGAACUCCAAAUGUUCAAUUAAUAGAUAUCGUUCGAUGUCUUUAUUUGGACGCGGUUUUUGCUCUAUACUUAAAAUAUCCUCUCAUUCAAUACUCGACUAGAUACUUUCUGUGUCACAAACAAAUAGUAUUUUAUCAUAAGACAGUGCAUUGGAUUUAUUUUGAUAAUGGGAAACACAUUUAGUUUCAUUUCGAUUGUAAGGUGGAGGUUUUAUAAAUCUGUUACUCGAGCUGAUGUUUCUGCAUAUUAAUUUCGUUCGGCCUUUUAUUACUUGUAAACUGAAUUAUUGUGUAUUAUUAUCUGAGCUCCACAUUCCAGAAUUGUAUUUCCUGUAUACAUCGUUGAAUAUAAUUGAUAUAUGGAA